AUGUCUCUUCUCACUCAUCACAGUCCUCAAAAGUUGGGUGUUAUCGCUGGGAUUGGAGCUGCUGGUGUGGUCACUGCUUAUCUGCUCAACAAAUUUGCAAAACAUCAACGUUAUUGGAAUGCGGAAUAUGUUAAUGUUGGCCGAGUUGAGAGAUUGUUUCUGUAUCCGAUCAAAAGUUGCAAGCCUAUCGAGGUAAGAGUCGUUUUAUGUUUUUUUUUAAAUUUUAGGCCUAAAUUUAGGUAUGAUGGCUAAUAUUUUGGAUGUUAUCUAGUCUAUUUAUAGAUAAAAAGUGUUAGUAUCUUUAUUUUAUAAGCUUUUACGCUAUAAAGAGCCACUUUUAGACAUCAUUUCUCGACUGUACAGAACGAGGAUCCAGAAAUGGCUGGCUGAUGGAUAGAGAAUAUCUUGUUGUCGAUGAAUUGCAUGAACAUUUGUUCUUGACCGCUCGUCAAUACCCAAAAUUGGUGUUGGUUGAUUGUGAGGCUACUACAAACAAGUUUACCGCCAAGUUUCCUGAUGGUAAACGUGUAGAAAUUGAUCUAGAAGAAAUCGUCAAAAGAAACGAUGUCAGAAGAGCUAUGUAAGCCUGUAGUUUAUUUUCUUGUUAUGCUUUUAGGCGUUAUAUCUUGAGAGCUACUUGAUUAUCUUAUAGAAGCGUCAUAUCGCAUCAUAUGACUUGUGAACGUUGUUACCUAAAAUCUGUAAUUUAGACUUCACGAAGGAAAACAAACGGAUGGCUUGGACUGUGGUGAUGAAGUUGGUCAGGCUUUUACAGAAUACCUUGGUUUAGAGGGGAAGAGGAAGCUAAGACUGUUAAAAUUUGAUCCAAAACUUUGGACUGAACGAGACUUCAGAAGCGAUCCAAAUUGGUGGAAUAAUCCUGUCCCUGACGUACAAGAUCAUGUAAGUUAUUGUGGAAUGAAACAAAACAUUCAUACUUGUAAACUUGAAGGUACAACAGUAGAAACUUGAUAAUGAUGUGGUUUAUAGAUCAAUUUUAAUGAUAUGACAUCGUUUAUGGCUAUUUCGACUGCAAGUUUGGAGGUUUUAAACGAAAAAUUGCAGGAAGUUGGAAGCGAGGCAAGUUUAUUAUAUUUUAAUAGUAUGUUUGGUCUUUAGGAAUAUAAUUAACGUCAUAUUUUUAAUAUAGGUAUGAAAUGGUUUAGUUUUGCUAAUUGACAAAGUUUCAGAAAGUAGAAAUCAGGAAUUUUCGACCAAACUUCUACAUAAAAGCUGACAUCCCAUUUACAGAGGAUUACUGGCUAAAUGUUCGGAUUGGUGAUGCUGAAUUUGCUUGUUAUAGGCCUUGUACUAGGUAAGUUUUUUAAAUUGGUUUUGUGGUAGAUGCGUUUGGAUAAGUCCUUUGAUUUGGAUAUUGUUUUAGGGACGUAUCAGGUAGAUAAAGUAUAUUUGUGACUAGGUUUGAUUAUAGAGUGGAUAUUGUAGUUUAUUAUAUAAAGCAGGUUGUAGGGCUUGAGUUGCAGUAUUAUAUUCUUAAAAUGGCUUAUAAGACAGAGUAAUAUAAUCUUUUUAGAUGUGUCUUAACCACUGUGAACCCGGAAACUGGCGUCAAAAAUAAGGAAAUGCAACCUUUGAAGCUGUUGAGAGAGUAAGUUGAUUAAUUUUAAAGAUCUUUGCUGCAAUUUUACCUCUUUUCACUCGAUUUUUUAAUUUAAAGUGACAAAAAGCAUAAAAGAAAUGUUGCGUUUUACCAUGUUUUUUCGUUAAAAAGUGUUUUCAGUUUCCGUUUGGCACCAGAAGGACCACUUCGUGAAGAGUUUCAGAAGAGCCCCAUCUUUGGCGUGUUUAUGUGUGCUAUCAGACCUGGUCGCAUUCGUUCUGGCGAUACUGUAUUUGCACAGCUGAAACCUACUCCAUUUUAA